AUGUCAUUACCAUACACCCCAUUAGACCAAAUCCCUUCAAUCGUCUCAAGUCUUCAUGAAUCAUUCCACUCCCAUGCAAAACUAGACUCAAUCCAAUACCGUUUAAAACAACUACGCAUCCUAUACCAUGCAAUCCAUUCAAACGAGGAUGCAAUCUGUGAAGCCAUAAAACUCGACCUCAACAGACCUAUCCAAGAUACAAAAUUCCUUGAAUUUGAUGUUUUUUAUUCAGAAAUCUUGGACAUUAUUGCAAAUUUAGAAUCAUGGUCCAAACCUACACCAGUGGAUGAUGUCCCCAAGAUUAUCUCAUUUGCUUCACCAAAAAUUGAAAGAAUCCCACUAGGUACCGUUUUGAUAAUUUCUCCAUUCAACGUCCCUAUGCUAUUGGCAUUACAACCAAUAGUUGGUGCCCUAUGUGGUGGUAAUACAAUGGUUUUAAAACAAUCGGAAUUCGUGCCAAAUACUGCUUUGAUUUUGUCUAAAAUCUUGACAAGGGCUUUGGAUUCAGAUAUUUUCAAAGUUGUUAAUGGGGCUAUUGAUGAAACUACUGUGUUGUUGGAGCAAAAAUUCGACAAGAUCUUGUAUACAGGUUCUUCACAAGUUGGUCGUAUUGUGGCAAAAGCUGCAUCCAAGAACCUGACUCCAUGUUUGUUGGAAUUGGGUGGUAAGACUCCUGUGUAUGUCGGGGCAAGUGUGGAGGAUUCUUUGGAGGUUGUUACAAAGAGAAUCAUGUUUACUAAAUUUAUCAAUGCUGGUCAAGUUUGUCUUGCUGCUGAUUAUUUAUUAGUUGAUGAGAAAAUUUAUGACAAGUUUAUUAAAACAUUGUUGAAAACUGUUGAUGAAUAUUUCAAAGGUGUGGAUUCUAAAAAUUUCACUCAUAUUAUUCAUGAAAGAAGUUGGGAAAGAUUGAAUUCAAUGAUUAAAUCAACAAAGGGUCAAAUCAUCUUUGGUGGUAAGAAUUCUAAUCGUGCUUUGAAAUAUAUCGAGCCAACAAUUAUUAAAAAUGUUGAUUUCAAUGAUUCUACAAUGAAGGAGGAAAUCUUUGGACCAAUCUUACCAAUCAUUAAAAUUUCAAACAUUUUUGAAACCAUUGAUGAGAUUAAAUCAAGACAUGACACUCCAUUAUCAAUGAAUAUAUAUUCUCAUGAUGCCUCAGAGGUCCACUAUUUGAGAACUCAUAUAAGAUCAGGUGCCUUGAUAAUCAACGAUGGUAUGAUGCAUGUUGCUAUUCAUUCACUACCAUUUGGUGGGAUUGGUGAAUCUGGAUAUGGUGCAUAUCAUGGGAUCCACUCUUUCAAGAGUUUUACUCAUGAACGUGCAAUCUUGGAACAUCCUUUCUGGUGUGAUAAAUUUUGGACUGAUAAGUUUAUCAAGAUUGUUGAUAUUGAAAAUACUUGGAGAGGUAGUAAACAUUUACCACAAUUACCAGGGAAAGAUGUUGAUUUUGAUGCAAAUGGUGAAGUUAUUAAAAAGCCAAUUGAUGAAAAGGUUUGGAAAUUAGGUGCUGUGGGCGUUGUUGUCGCAGGUGUUGUUGCUUAUUGUUAUGGACUUGUUUUGUAA